UUAUUGGGCUUAACUUCUCAACAAAAAACCCAAAAACAAUAAAACCCUAAAAAAGCAUAAUAUAACUCAAAACCUAACGCCGCUUCUCUCCCCUCAUUUCCUUUCUCGCAAACUAAACCUUAGCAUUCUUCAUCGUCUGCUACAAUGGGUAAAGGAACAGGGAGUUUUGGUAAGAGAAGGAACAAGACCCACACACUUUGUGUGCGAUGUGGUCGCCGCAGUUUCCAUCUUCAGAAGAGUCGUUGCUCUGCUUGUGCUUACCCCGCCGCUCGCACCAGGAAAUAUAACUGGAGUCAGAAGGCAAUCAGGAGGAAGACAACCGGAACUGGACGUAUGAGGUACCUCCGCAAUGUACCACGCCGUUUCAAGACCGGCUUCAGAGAGGGUACUCAAGCAGCACCAAGGAAGUUAGGCGCAGCCGCAUCAGCUUAAAGAGAGUGAAAGUUUCAGAGGGGUUAAUUUGGGAACUUCAGGCAUUUAACUCCAUUUUUGCAUCUUUAAGUGUUUGAUUAGCCUUAAUUUUUUUUAAAGAAGUUGGAGACAUUGUAUCGUGAUCGAAUGAUACUACUGGAUUUUGUUUAUCUUUACAAUGUGUUAGCUUUAAAUGAUGAGAUUAUUGUUAGUUUCAGAUUUUGAUAUUUGGUGAAACUUACUGUACUCUAUUACUCCAUAUUUUUGUCAUUGGUAAAGUUGAUUCAACUC